AUGUCUCAAAAACUAACGAUCGGAAUCUUUGGCCCCUUUGCAGUUGGUAAAACAUCAAUAUCAGUACAAUUUGUGGAGAAUAAAUUCUCUGAAGUCCAUGAUCCUACCAUUGAGGAUUAUUUCGAAACCACACGAAAUGUGAAAGGAAUUGUUUCGAAUAUUACUAUUUUGGAUACAGCAGGACAAGAAACCUAUCAAUCAUUACUGUCAGAUGCCAUGAGUGAAGCAGAAGGUUUCAUUCUCGUGUACAGCAUUACCGAUCGUUCGAGUUUUGAAAAAGUUCAAAAACUUCGAGAAAAGGUUCAAAUGGUUCAAAGCAGCACCGUUCCAGUCAUUUUGGUCGGAAAUAAGUGUGACUUGGAACACGAGCGAGUGGUUUCAAAAUCUGAAGGAGAAGAAAUUGCAAAGAGUGUAGGAUGUCCUUUCAUUGAAACCUCUGCAAAAACAGGACUCAAUAUUGAACAAGUGUUUGAAUUAAUUGUAUUAAUGGUUCGAAAAAGUAAGGGACUUGCUCUUGGGAAUGGCAUUACUCCCAAUGAGGUCCCAUCGAUGGGAGUUCCAAGUUCUUCCGCUCAAUCGUUAUUGACUGCAACAGGUGGUAGUGAUUCGAAUCUUUCAUCAUCUGUGACCACAACGACAACACCUUCUUCACCCAAAGUGAACAAACGAAAGAAUUCAAAGGAAACACCAUCAGCUUCGAGUCCAGCAAAGAAAAAGGAAUGUCAUGUCAUGUAA